AUGGCAACAUCACAGUCGGGUGGAGUCACCUCCCUUCCUUAUAUCAACACUGUGACACCAGUGAGUACUGAUGGUGUACCACUGUAUACAAGCACUGAACCAGUCAGUUUGCUUGGGACUGGUGGCUCAGUAUCAGAAAUAAGAGGCCCAUCUGAUCCAAGGGUUAGUAAGUUGUUAUGAAUGCCAGCCUUCAAAGAAAGCCAUGUCUGAUAACUUGGGGGUGGCAGAUUAUGCAGUCAAUCUAGUGUAUAUUCUGUUCUCAACUUGCUUGACAGGCAAGUGAAGAUUUUUGGUGAAAUUGAAAUUUAAAGAAACCGAGGUAGAUUAUUCGGUCGGUGACACAGCUGCAGCUCAAAAGAAGAAACCCAGUACUUCCAUUAGGAGUGGAACCUAUGACCUUGUGGUUACUAGUUCAGAUGCUCUACCACUAAGCUACAUGAGACUCGUGGGAGCUAAGGUUACUAAACUGGGUUCAUGUGACAAACAUUCCAUACUGCUUGGACUAGAAUAUUGAUAUGUCAUAGAAAUGUGAUGGCGAAUUCAAGGCCUGGUAUAUAUGGUACAAUGCCAAAUUAAAUUCAGGUAAAAGGUUGAUUCUCAGUUUUCCUUGUCUCCUAACCCUAAUUAUUCAUGCAUUUAGGGCUUGGAGACAAAGAAAAUUGAGAACCAACCUUAUAGGUUAAAAUUUUAUCCUGAAUUUAAUUUUGACCUAGCUGUAACAAAUAUACAGUCAAGAGGUGCUUAUUUACUAAGUGACAUAGGCAGCUCUGAAAAAAAUCUGAGUGCUCCCAAUAGGAGUAGAAACUAUGAUCUUCUGGCUACUAAACCAUGCUCUAUAAGGCCACUAUUCUUCCACAAAUCUUCUUAACUCUGUGGCAGGAUUUGCUUAUUGUAGUGUGGUUGUUUUUCAGGUUAAUGUUAUGCCACACCCUCCUCUGAGAUCUGGUCCAACAAGUGCUGGUGCUACCAGGACUCGACUCAGUUCUGCUGGCAGAGAAAGGAUACCUGGUCCUCCUGUUGCUAAAGGUAACUAUCAUCAUCAUUAUCAUCAUUAUUAUCAUUCAGCCUUUUCAGUUGGGAUGCUGUGAAUAAUGAUCUUAUUCCCGUCCGACAUUGUGCUUGCAAGGUCCUCCGUGUUAAUUCUGGAAUUUCUCAAGAUCAUAUCGGUGAAUGAACACGGCCACUUAAUUGGUUUCCGGAGAAGAAGGGAUUGAAUGAUCGCCCUCUAAAACUAUAAUAUAGAAUAUUACACGAUAGUGCAAAAUUCAGGGGAAAGCCGUAAAUAAAAAAAUGUUCAAGUGAAGUUGGGCAGCCAAAGAAGAAUAUUACAUUUCCGUUAGCAAGAAGUUUAAGGUGAUUAAUCCAAAAGUAAGAAAUGAGAGGAAAUAGGGUUUUCAGGAGAAUGUUCACCAAACACGGUACACUGCCCUGUAUACUAUUAAUUUUAGGAAUAGACUAAUCAAGUUGGACAUUUUUUAUUAAAAGUGAAUUUCUGAAUAUGAUUGGACCAGCAGCAAUUUUUUGAUAACUUUUACCACCCUGACUUAAUUAACCAUAUGAAUGUGAAAAUUUUACCAAAAAAACAUAGCAUGGAAUAAUGACAAUUACAUGUAUGCAGUAGUAGUAGUAGUAGUCACCAGAGAUUGAAAUCAAACUUCUUGUGUUUCUUUAAAGUUGUAUGCUAACAUUAAGGGCACUGUAAAAUCUCUGUGAUAGUUUCCUCUAAAGCAUUCACAGGUCAGAGAGGACGGGGGGUAGGGAGCAUAGGUAGCAGCACACCCGUUUUCAGACCUAAAAUUACUUACAUUUGUUUAAAAUCCACUUCAAAUUCGCAUAUUAUCUUGCUUUCUUGUUCAUUUGGAAUUAAAAUGACAAAUACAUUUAUACACUCCCAUAGUUCUCUUGAAAACCAUUCCUGGUUCCAGACCAAAAUGUGCAAAGUCUAAACCCUUUUUCAGACUGAAAUGGCUCAAUAACCCUACCCUUUAAGGCAGUACAUACCUAUAUGGCUUUUAAAUGAGAGUACCAUCCCAGUGCUUCCGCCCUUAAUAGACUUUUUUCAAUUGCAAAAUAUUACAAGCAAGCUCUGACUACCAGCACUUUUAGAACUUCCACCAUUCAUAUCCCUCCAGCAGCCUAUCCUUCCGGGCUCCCUGGGGAUGUGCCGCCCGGUUCUCAAAAUCCUGACCAAGAUUUCCCAGGAAUACCCCACCGUAGGAGGAAGGCAAGAAAAAAGGGGCGGGAGUCAGUAAUGCAAAGUAUGGGAGGUAGGAAGUUUAGACCCCCUCCUGCCCCCGCUGCUAAUGUGUUACAUUUAGAAGUGCUGCAAGGGACUCCUUAAUGAAAAUGAAUCGGGUAAUCGUUGUCUCGCUUAGGGUUGGAAAUUGCAGAUUUUCAGCUUUCACGUAGUGUGCGAAAGACGGAAAGAAUGACAUUUAAUAUUCAUUCUUGUAAAGGUGUCGCUCAGGUUGGUGAGCAAAGAAACACCUUCAUAAAAAAUCUAAAACUUCGUCAGACUGUGUUGGAUUGAGUAACCCCUCAAAACAUUAAAAGAAGGUACAAGUAACAAGGCAAAUGUAAAAGAAGGCUCGGAUGGACAGAGUUUAAGAAGAUUGAAACGGAUUGCAAUUCUGAGUUUUUAAAACUAAUUAGCCUGACAGUUAUUUAAAGGUGUUUGCAACCUUUUGAUAUAAUGCUUAGAAGGCAUAAUGUUUGACAAGAAAUUGUAAGUUUGUCAUUUACAAGUGAAUUCUUUGCUAACUUUAAGUUUCAUAACGCAUUAGCACAGUGAAGUAGAGCCUCCUCUCCUAGAAAACCCAGUGAAAAAAAACAAAACAACUCGUCAAGUUUAUUAAACUUUUUGGUACGUUUGUAGCCGCCCACGGCUAACUGCACAACAACAGCGUGACAUUCUCUAAUGCAACGUUUUAUGGGGUGUUAACCCGUAAGCUGAACAUUCGUUAAGGAAUUCUGCUCUUGGUAAAGUCACCUGCAUUUGACUUAUUGAACAAUUUGGAAAAAUCCGGUGACAAUUCGAUGUUUGAAAGGAUGCGAAAUUCGUCUUAUUGGUAACUCUUUACUACUGUCGCCUUUGUGAUUGCUAAGGGAUUGCAAAGCCGCUUGUGAUCACUUUAAACAAUCAAAAUGCUGUUUGAAAUCCUUUCACGACCAUUAUGUGAUGCUUUGUAUUAAUUUUUUACUAUUAUCAGAGCUGGAGGAGAGGAUUCAGCGUUUUCUAAUGCAAGCAUAAUUCAUCAGCUUCGUGAGCAAGUAUCGCAGUUGCAAGCGAUUGUGCAAGAGAAGGAAGAAAACGAGAAGGCAGCAGCGCAGAAACUAGCGAUGUACCAGAAUCAACUGCACGCCAAAAACAAUGAAGUUGCUACUUUAAAGGACUAAUUGCAGGCACAGGUUUGUCCUAAAUAUUGCCAGUUGAGGUACUCUCCAUGAUGCCUAUACGGGGAGGCCCCGCCAAAAAGAGGCACCUUUUUAAGGCUUCGAGUAUAUGUACAGGGUAAGGAUUUCGUGAAUUGAAGUAUAUGAAAGGUUAGGGAAAAUCGUCUCUUUUAUAGGUGUUCAGAAGGGGCUUUAACUUGAAUAUUUCGAGCCGACGCAUCUUACAGCCGUAUCAAUUUAAUUUAUUAAACGCUAAGCAAGAAGACUAACUGAUAGUAGGUAUGAGAUAGGGGUACCAUUUGUAAAUGAAAGGUAUACGAAAAGGAAUACCUUUUCUUCCAAAAAUGGUAUAUUAAAAGGUAACAGUUUGGAUAAGGCCUUUACCUGUGGAACGUUGUUGAAUCCUGAUUAUAUCAGCUUUGCUUCUACAAUUUUGAAAGGGGUUUUGUGGGUGUUUUAACUAGCUGGCCGUAAGCAAGGUUAUAGUUGUCAUUAUGAUUAAUAAGCAUCGUACUUGUUCUCAAUGAGGGAUGGCAAAAGCACGGUGGAAGAGUAUUAUUUAUAGUCGGAGUGUGAUGAAACAGGGAAUGAUUACAAGCAGAAUAAUUUCAAUCUGCGAGUUGCUUCAUGUGCUUCCAGCGCUGGCAACCGGAAUUUUACUUUAGUUACUAUAGAGAACUACACAUAAAGUAGGCUUACUGCAGUAAAUUUAAGGGGAGAAUUUUUCAAGGCUUUUUUUUUUUCAAUGAAGUAGGAAGGAUUAGCACAGUUGGUUAGUACGCGGCCUUCUCUGCGGGAGGUCCUGAGUACGAUUCCCAGCUGUGACUUCAAAUCCUUCUUUCGACUUCUUCCCUUUCCGUGUAGCUUUAAGUAGCUUUAAAUGCCUCUAAAACGGAGCGGUCAUGGAGAGAGGGCGGAUAGAUAAGCGCACCGUCGGCCUCAGGUUUGUUGGCGUGGAUUUCCAUUAUCGCGUGAUUUUUCCGUGCGAACGCGCGUAAAUAAAAUAGACACAAUGUAUGGAAGGUCACGCGUAAACGUAAAAGUUGAACCUCGGUCAACUUUCACGUUUACGCGUGGCCUUUCAUACAUUGCCUCUAUUUCAUUCACGCGCGUGAAUUUUACGUGCGUUCGCACGGAAACAUUACGCGACAGUGGAAAUCAACCAUUGGUCAGAUGACUAUUUCGCGCUACCGACAUAAAAUAAGGACUCUUUACCUUUACCUGUUACUGUUUAUUGGGGCGCUUGUUUAUGUAUUUUGAUUUCCUGGAGCAAGUUUUCCUCGACAACAAAGAGUUUCACUGUAAAAGCUUAUGGAAGUUGGAUAUUUUUGGUUAUUAUUCACAGCCUAAGGCUUCCGCUUGGGUUAAAACGGACCCAAACGCAACCACAAACAAGAUCGCAUCGUUAACCUAUGACCUUGUGGUUACUAGUUCAGAUGCUCUACCACUAAGCUACAUGAGACUCGUGGGAGCUAAGGUUACUAAACUGGGUUCAUGUGACAAACAUUCCAUACUGCUUGGACUAGAAUAUUGAUAUGUCAUAGAAAUGUGAUGGCGAAUUCAAGGCCUGGUAUAUAUGGUACAAUGCCAAAUUAAAUUCAGGUAAAAGGUUGAUUCUCAGUUUUCCUUGUCUCCUAACCCUAAUUAUUCAUGCAUUUAGGGCUUGGAGACAAAGAAAAUUGAGAACCAACCUUAUAGGUUAAAAUUUUAUCCUGAAUUUAAUUUUGACCUAGCUGUAACAAAUAUACAGUCAAGAGGUGCUUAUUUACUAAGUGACAUAGGCAGCUCUGAAAAAAAUCUGAGUGCUCCCAAUAGGAGUAGAAACUAUGAUCUUCUGGCUACUAAACCAUGCUCUAUAAGGCCACUAUUCUUCCACAAAUCUUCUUAACUCUGUGGCAGGAUUUGCUUAUUGUAGUGUGGUUGUUUUUCAGGUUAAUGUUAUGCCACACCCUCCUCUGAGAUCUGGUCCAACAAGUGCUGGUGCUACCAGGACUCGACUCAGUUCUGCUGGCAGAGAAAGGAUACCUGGUCCUCCUGUUGCUAAAGGUAACUAUCAUCAUCAUUAUCAUCAUUAUUAUCAUUCAGCCUUUUCAGUUGGGAUGCUGUGAAUAAUGAUCUUAUUCCCGUCCGACAUUGUGCUUGCAAGGUCCUCCGUGUUAAUUCUGGAAUUUCUCAAGAUCAUAUCGGUGAAUGAACACGGCCACUUAAUUGGUUUCCGGAGAAGAAGGGAUUGAAUGAUCGCCCUCUAAAACUAUAAUAUAGAAUAUUACACGAUAGUGCAAAAUUCAGGGGAAAGCCGUAAAUAAAAAAAUGUUCAAGUGAAGUUGGGCAGCCAAAGAAGAAUAUUACAUUUCCGUUAGCAAGAAGUUUAAGGUGAUUAAUCCAAAAGUAAGAAAUGAGAGGAAAUAGGGUUUUCAGGAGAAUGUUCACCAAACACGGUACACUGCCCUGUAUACUAUUAAUUUUAGGAAUAGACUAAUCAAGUUGGACAUUUUUUAUUAAAAGUGAAUUUCUGAAUAUGAUUGGACCAGCAGCAAUUUUUUGAUAACUUUUACCACCCUGACUUAAUUAACCAUAUGAAUGUGAAAAUUUUACCAAAAAAACAUAGCAUGGAAUAAUGACAAUUACAUGUAUGCAGUAGUAGUAGUAGUAGUCACCAGAGAUUGAAAUCAAACUUCUUGUGUUUCUUUAAAGUUGUAUGCUAACAUUAAGGGCACUGUAAAAUCUCUGUGAUAGUUUCCUCUAAAGCAUUCACAGGUCAGAGAGGACGGGGGGUAGGGAGCAUAGGUAGCAGCACACCCGUUUUCAGACCUAAAAUUACUUACAUUUGUUUAAAAUCCACUUCAAAUUCGCAUAUUAUCUUGCUUUCUUGUUCAUUUGGAAUUAAAAUGACAAAUACAUUUAUACACUCCCAUAGUUCUCUUGAAAACCAUUCCUGGUUCCAGACCAAAAUGUGCAAAGUCUAAACCCUUUUUCAGACUGAAAUGGCUCAAUAACCCUACCCUUUAAGGCAGUACAUACCUAUAUGGCUUUUAAAUGAGAGUACCAUCCCAGUGCUUCCGCCCUUAAUAGACUUUUUUCAAUUGCAAAAUAUUACAAGCAAGCUCUGACUACCAGCACUUUUAGAACUUCCACCAUUCAUAUCCCUCCAGCAGCCUAUCCUUCCGGGCUCCCUGGGGAUGUGCCGCCCGGUUCUCAAAAUCCUGACCAAGAUUUCCCAGGAAUACCCCACCGUAGGAGGAAGGCAAGAAAAAAGGGGCGGGAGUCAGUAAUGCAAAGUAUGGGAGGUAGGAAGUUUAGACCCCCUCCUGCCCCCGCUGCUAAUGUGUUACAUUUAGAAGUGCUGCAAGGGACUCCUUAAUGAAAAUGAAUCGGGUAAUCGUUGUCUCGCUUAGGGUUGGAAAUUGCAGAUUUUCAGCUUUCACGUAGUGUGCGAAAGACGGAAAGAAUGACAUUUAAUAUUCAUUCUUGUAAAGGUGUCGCUCAGGUUGGUGAGCAAAGAAACACCUUCAUAAAAAAUCUAAAACUUCGUCAGACUGUGUUGGAUUGAGUAACCCCUCAAAACAUUAAAAGAAGGUACAAGUAACAAGGCAAAUGUAAAAGAAGGCUCGGAUGGACAGAGUUUAAGAAGAUUGAAACGGAUUGCAAUUCUGAGUUUUUAAAACUAAUUAGCCUGACAGUUAUUUAAAGGUGUUUGCAACCUUUUGAUAUAAUGCUUAGAAGGCAUAAUGUUUGACAAGAAAUUGUAAGUUUGUCAUUUACAAGUGAAUUCUUUGCUAACUUUAAGUUUCAUAACGCAUUAGCACAGUGAAGUAGAGCCUCCUCUCCUAGAAAACCCAGUGAAAAAAAACAAAACAACUCGUCAAGUUUAUUAAACUUUUUGGUACGUUUGUAGCCGCCCACGGCUAACUGCACAACAACAGCGUGACAUUCUCUAAUGCAACGUUUUAUGGGGUGUUAACCCGUAAGCUGAACAUUCGUUAAGGAAUUCUGCUCUUGGUAAAGUCACCUGCAUUUGACUUAUUGAACAAUUUGGAAAAAUCCGGUGACAAUUCGAUGUUUGAAAGGAUGCGAAAUUCGUCUUAUUGGUAACUCUUUACUACUGUCGCCUUUGUGAUUGCUAAGGGAUUGCAAAGCCGCUUGUGAUCACUUUAAACAAUCAAAAUGCUGUUUGAAAUCCUUUCACGACCAUUAUGUGAUGCUUUGUAUUAAUUUUUUACUAUUAUCAGAGCUGGAGGAGAGGAUUCAGCGUUUUCUAAUGCAAGCAUAAUUCAUCAGCUUCGUGAGCAAGUAUCGCAGUUGCAAGCGAUUGUGCAAGAGAAGGAAGAAAACGAGAAGGCAGCAGCGCAGAAACUAGCGAUGUACCAGAAUCAACUGCACGCCAAAAACAAUGAAGUUGCUACUUUAAAGGACUAA